CGAAGGCGUUGGUGGUUGGUGUCCGUCCGAGGAUGCGUUGCACUCCGGCAGCAUCAGUACCAGCUCCGCCGUGCAUAUAAAGCUAAAUACCCGGAGGACGGAGCAGAAAUUCGGGCUGUGUUUGUGGCUACAACCGCCCCGGAGCUUCGGAGAUGGGGGACCAGAAGGUGAGCCGGAUCCGGAGGAACAGGUGUCUCUGAUGGGGGAAGCCGAUUGAGGCAGGGCGUAGUGUACAAAGGAAGGAGGGGGACAAGCUGCAGGAUUUGGGAGUUUGUGGAUGCGGAAUCUCUGCGUAAGAUCACCCACACGCUGGCCAUGAAGAACGAGGAGAUUUCAAACUUUGUCUGCACCCUCAAACAGAACCUCGAGAACUUGGAGGGGAACACGAACAGGGUCCAGGAGGAUCUGGAGUCUGAGUUCACCGCCCUGAAUGCUGUUCUGGUCGAGAUGAAGGAAAACAUGGUGACUCGCAUCAAACAGGAGAGAGCCAGCCGCACAUACGAGCUACAGAGUCAGCUGAGCGCCUGCUCCAAAGCCCUGGAGAGUUCAGAGGAGCUGCUGGAGCUGGCCAAUCAGACGCUCUGCUCCUCCGAGACGGACGGUUUCAAUCAGGCGGCCAAAGACAUUAAGGAUAGCGUCACAAUGGCUCCAGCCUUUCGCCUCUCCCUGAAGGCUAAAGCCAGCGACAACAUGAGUCACUUGAUGGUGGAUUUCAGCCAGGAGAGGGAGGUGUUGCAGGGACUCAAGUUUCUCCCAGUUCCUGGCACUCCAGAGAUCCAGGUGUCAGAGUGCCAGGUGUGUGACAACACGGUGACGGUAGUUUGGACUCUACCGGAGCCCGACAGCAAGAUCGAACACUACAUCCUGGAGCACCGGCGCACAAACCACGAAGGGCCGCCGCGCCUCAGAGAGGAUUACCCCUGGAUGGUGGUGGAGGGGAUCCGGGAGAUGGAGCACUCACUCAUCGGUCUGCGCUUUGACACCCGCUACUUGACGUUCAGAGUGAGAGCGUGUAACAAGGCCGUGGCGGGAGAGUUUUCUGAGCUGGUCACACUGGAAACCCACGCCUUCAACUUCAAACUGGACUCUGGUUCGGCGCACCAGAACCUGAAGGUGGAGGACCUGAGUGUGGAGUGGGACAGCUGUGGAGGAAAGAUCCAGGACAUCCGCAAGGAAAAGACCCGAACCAACUCCCCGAUGCACUCUCCUGCCAGGUCGGCCCUGAAUUCUCCUAAGAGGACGCCGACAGCCCGGCCCGGCAGAGACAGAUUCACAGCAGAGUCCUACACAGUGCUGGCUGACACCUCCAUCGACGCCGGCCAGCACUACUGGGAGGUGCGGUUUGACAAGGAGAGCAAAGCCUUCGCUGUGGGCGUGGCCCUGCGGAGCCUCGGACGCUUCGACCAGCUGGGGAAGAGCAGCGCGUCCUGGUGCAUCCACCUGAACAACUGGCUUCAGCAGAGCCUCACCGCCAAGCACAACAACAAGGCCCGCACGCUGGACUGCGCCAUCCCCGACCGCAUCGGAGUCUACGUCAACUACGACGAAGGUGUUCUGUCGUUCUACAACUCCAAAACUAAACAGCUGAUGCACACCUUCAAAACCAAGUUCCCGCAGCCUGUUAUACCAGCUUUCAUGGUGUGGAACGGCACGUUCUCGGUGCUGACGGGCAUGCAGGUUCCCAGCCUGGUGCAGAGCGGCCAGCGGAGGAACAGCAACACCAGCAGCUCCAACGCCAGCCUCACCUAGACCCCCCCCCCCCCCCCCACUUUAUCCUGCUGGACGCUCUGCUUUAACACAGUCACCGCUGCAGAACAUCGCCUCAGCCCUGGCUGGGGUCCAAGCCUCAUAUCAUAGAAGAGUUACAUCACUGGAUGGUUCAACCUGUUCCAGCGUAACAACGAAAAUGGUUUUGGCAAGAAGUGAGUCAUCUGCCAGUGACAGAGCUCUUCAGGUGUAUGACUGCGGCUGGUGUUGUUGCUUGAGACACAUUAGCUGAACUAGUUUUUCUUCUCUCUACACAUCAUUUAGCACUGUCCCACUGCUGCUAGAGCAAAGAUUUAGCGCUGGCCGCUGCCCUUCCUUCCUUGCCAUCAUCAGAAACUGUCAGAAGUACUGUCGAUGCAGCUCUCCCUGUGCCUUCCUUCUCAUUUCCAAAUCGGGUGAUGCUUUGAUAUAUUUCAAUGCGAGAAAUCUCUCUAUUUCCAGUUAAAAGAACGUGUUGUGUCAGUGUCAUUAUAACCUGGUUGUAACGUAGCUUAGUGGUAAUCAAUCUGCCAUCAGCCAACCUAUUUAACCCAAAUAACCGGCUCCUAGACAAUGCUAGUGAUAUAAUGUAGUUUAUUUAACCAGGUUUUAAUCAAACUCUACUCUGCCACUUACGGAUCAUCAAGAAAUACUUCACUUCCAAAAAGAUAACUUUUACAUCAAUUAUUCCCCCCGUGCUACAUUGAAUUCUUGAAGAAAACAUUGUGUUUCUUGCAUGCCUCCACAGUGAAAUAAGAAUCCAAAAACAGGGAGAAGUCUUAAUGCAUGACUUUAUAAAGAGUCUUACACUUGCACAGACUUGCUGCUCUAUGUGCAAGUCCUUUAUAUGUGGAAGAGUUUGAAAUACUAAUGAUUUAAAAGAAGAAAAAUCAUAUGUAGGGAGGUCGUGAGCAUACGACUACACAAAUCUGACUUUAAUUAUGCUGCACUGGUUGUGUUAGAGUUUGUAAACGUAUUGCAGCGACAAAAUUACAAGGAAAUCAAACAGAAAAUCUACUCAAAAUGUAAACCGCUGUUGAGGCACUAGUUACCAAACCUUAUGCAGGGAAAAGGAUCCAAAGGCAGGAACGUCAUUUAUGCAGUUUAUUCCAAUCAACAAUGAUUUUCCUAUAUUCUUGCCCUGUGCCUUUCCUCUGGCAUUCCUUGUCUUACCCUGGUAAAAAACCAUUUGCCCUUGCUGGUGUGCUGAUCCCACCACCACCUGUAUCCAAUAUAUACAUAACCAGCAUGUGCCAAAAUCACCCAGUGCCCAAAACUGCCUUUAAAAUAAAGGCAUAAACAACGAUGUCAAUCAACUUAUAUUACACUAGAUAAAAGGUAUAUUUACCACAAAGAAAAACAGCAAGAAAAUAACUGUUUUCCAUUGAAAUAAUGUAAAUCAAUGAAGGGCUCCAAAUCAUAUGUAUCUAAAUAUUUUUGCUGUUAUUGAAUUUCAGAAAAUAUUCAGUUUUUGGAUUCUUCGGUGUCUUUGGGGGCAUGCGGGUAAAUGAAGGAUUUGUUGAAGAAUUCAAGAGAAAAUGGGAUGAGUAAUUUGGCAGGGCAGUAUUCUUUUAGUACAACACAUAUUCCAAACUUUAUAUUUUACCUCUCGCUAAUGCAUGCAGACUUAACAGCGUUUACUGCAUUUUACUUAUUUUGGUCAGGUCCCACUCUGUCAUUUAGCCUCCUGCUGAGGUUCUGUUUUAAUUCAGAGUCGAUGUUUGCUGUGAGUUUAAUCUUUCAGCGAGACUGCACAGAAAGUUAAAAGUGAGUUUUAGUCAGUGCACCUCAGAUAUCCAGGAUUUUGGAAACAACUGUACUGUAUUCAUCCUAUUCACCUCACUGCACACUAAUGCUUGUUUGUACAGUAUGAUUGUGUCUAAAAACACCACUGUUUGCUGAAAAGGAAUCCCAUUAUGAGUAGUGGACUGCCCUGUAAUCCAAAUAUAACAAAUAGCUAGCAAGUAGCCUCAGCUAACAAAAUGUAUUGAGAGUUAGUCAGGAUGAGAAACAAAAGUGUUUAAUUCUGGAAAAUGAUGUUAUGAAGUUCCUAUCAGCCCGACCUCUGAGUAGCGUCCACGUCAUGUUACAGUCUUGCUUCUCCAUGUUGCUCCCGCUGUAUGCAUCUCCUGAAUAACUGUAGCCUGCAAUGCUUUAAAGAAAAUUAUGUUGACUUUAUUUCACUCGCUGACACAAUGUCACAGUUUAUUGUAAAUAGUUUUCCACUAUAGUGUGUCAGCCAUUGAGGUAUUAAAGGAGCAAAAGCACUUUGUUCUUGGAUUUAUGCUUCAACAAGGAAUAAAAGAAAGUAAGAAACA